UUCGCUGAAGGCAUCUAGGUGUCAUCAUACUACAGAUGUUAGCUUGUCUUACACAGGCUCUACCAAACUGUUUGACAAGUAAUGCUGUUUUUAAAUCUUUCUAUUUAUUUGACUCGGUGUUCAUUUUUUGGAAAACGAAUCCAGUUGUGCUGCUGCUGGAACUGAAGCGGCGGUGUAGUUUUCUGCGCUGUGCUAACAGUUAGCAAAGUGCUAACAACACUGACAGCAACUACUUCCAUGCGUUACCGUCGCUGUCAUUUGUAGUGGAAGCCGAUCUAAAGGGAUCGAACGGAAACUGACAGUGAACAUCAUGGAGCUCCAGGCGGUGUUAAUGGCAGCUGGAGGGGGUUCCCGUAUGACUGACCUGACCUACAACACCCCUAAAGCAAUGUUACCUGUUGGCAACAAACCCCUUAUAUGGUACCCGCUCAACCUGCUGGAGAGAGUGGGAUUUGAAGAGGUGAUAGUAAUCACUACCAAAGAGGUCCAGAAGAUGAUGAGUGCAGACCCUAAAAUAAAGCAUGAGGUGAAGAUGAAACUGGAUGUGGUUUGUAUCCAGGAAGAUGGAGACAUGGGUACAGCAGACGCUCUCAGACACAUCCAGCAGAAGAUCAAGACGGACAUCCUGGUGGUGAGUUGUGACCUGAUAACAGACGUAGCUCUCCAUGAAGUAGUCGAUCUCUUCAGAGCCCACAAUGCAACGAUGGCCAUGUUAAUGAGCAAAGCCUAUGAGUUCACGGAGACGGUCCCAGGCCAGAAGGGCAAGAAAAAAACAGCUGAACAGAGAGAUUUUGUGGGCGUGGAUCACUCGGGCAAGAGGCUGCUGUUCAUGGCCAAUGAGGCAGAUCUGGAGGAUGGUCUGUCCAUCAGAAAGUCCAUCAUGAGGAAACAUCCCAGGAUGCAUAUCAAAACAGGCCUGGUGGACGCUCAUCUCUACUGUCUGAAAAAAGCAGUGGUCGACUUUCUUACUGACAACAAAUCCAUCUCAUCAAUCCGUGGCGAGUUGGUACCUUAUUUGGUGCGCAAGCAGUUUUCCAAAACAACCAGCAGUCAGAAAAUCAAAGAUGACACAGAGGAUCAGAACCAGAAGAAGAAUGAUGGCCACACCAAUCAGGAACUUCUAAUCUCAUCUCGAGAUGAGCCUCUCCUUCAACUGGCCCACGAGCGCUCCUGUUGGAACGACCAUCGCGGUGACAUGAGCGAGGCGUACCAUGGGGGAAAGCUGCGCUGCUAUGUUCACAUUAUGGACCAGGGCCUGUGCUACCGCGUCAACACUCUUGCUGCUUAUAUAGAAGCAAAUCGACAGGCCUCAAAGCUCUUUGAGGAGUCACCAGUCCACCCUUCUGCUGUCAUUUCUGAGAGAUGCCAGAUGGGUACAGACAGUAUGAUCGGAGCGCUGUGCCAAGUCGCAGAUAAAACUUCCAUCAAGAGGUCCACUAUCGGAAACUCCACUACCAUCAAAGAGAAGGUCAAAGUUGCCAGCUCUAUCAUCAUGCAUGGUGUUACCAUCGAAGAGGGGUGUAAUAUCCAGGGCAGUGUGAUCUGUAGUAAUGCUGUCAUCGGCCGCGGAGCAGACCUCAAAUACUGUCUGGUGGGAAACGGACAACGGAUCGAACCAGAGGCUGAGAGGACUAAUGAGGUCAUCGUUGGAACAGACCAGCUGAUGGAGAUCUAACUUCUACAGAUAAGGAGUCACCUCAUUAACCAAUCAGAAAGCAGCGACACACAGCAGACACAGGCCUAUCGACCACUCAGAAGCCAAGAUGCUGCUCGACUAUUUCAGCUCUUUUUGGCUUUUUGUACAUUGUGUCCAAAUAAAUUAAGGCCUGUUCGAUCUCUUCA